AUUACAGCGGAGGCGGUGUUUAUUUGAAUUGACUCCACUUGACAUAUUGGUCUGUGUUGUUGUUAUUUAAAUUAAUUGAAAUGCAGUCGCCGAGGGCGAAGAGUGUCUUCUCUGGGCGCACUCAGGAGCCCAUAUCAGACCGAGAGAAGCUCAUCUCUAUGGGAUUUGAGCCCAACAGAGUAUCCAAGGCGUUAGCUGCAACAGGCUUCAAAGGUGUAUCACUAGCCACAGAUUGGUUAUUCAAUCAUGCUGGAGAUCCUAAUAUAGACCGACAAUAUAGUCGAGAAUACUAUAUUUAUGGUAUUCCCACAGGUGAACUUGCAGCAUGUCUAAAUGAAUUUUGGAAUACCUCUAAACAAAUAUGUUCAUGGAAUGGAGGUCAUGAUCAUUUCCCUCAUCUCACAUUAGGGCCACCAUUUAAAAUUCCAGAUACCAAAGCUGAAGAAGUCAUUGUUAAAAUCAAAGAAUCUUUAAAUGUUUCUGAUUUGAGCUUUCUUUCAAAUAUCAAAUUGGAGAAAUAUAUUUCUCUUAAUUAUAUUGGACUUUUUCUGUCUAAUGAAAGUUGUAGGUUUUUAAAAAACCUUGCUAAUAAUUUAAUCAACAUUCUUGCUGAUGAAGGUAUUGAAAUAGAGAAGCCAGAUAAACCAAUGCAUUUGACAUUAGCAUAUAAAUUUAAUGCUGAUGAUUUCGAAAAGUUGAAAACCCUGGUGGAAAUGAUUAAUAUUGAUCUUUCUUGUCAUUGGAAGAUUGAAAUGUAUUCCCGUGAUCCAUUAUUUUCUUCCUGCAAAGUUUAUAAAUCUUUACAUACACUGAGAGCAACGACCUCCAAUCAGUUAGAGAUACAAAAAGAGGAUUUCAUAUACAUUGAUCAAGAAAAGUUUGUUGAUCCCUCCAUGGAUCAUUGGAUUGAGGGAACAUCUUGGCUCUCAGGUUUAUCAGGACAGGUCCCAUCAAAGCAUCUUAUGAGGACAGCAACUACAGCAGUCUGGACUUGUUAUAACUUAUCAGAUAAAAGAGGAACUAAUACCUCAAUUUCAUCAGCAUCACCUAGAGUCACAUUAACUAGUGAUGAAAAAAAACACUUAUCUGGCUCCCAAGAAUCAGGCCUUGAGGAUACGCAAAGUUGCAUUCAAACUGGUGAUAUACCAUACAAUCGUGAGAUACAUGUUAUGCGACAUGGCGAAAGGGUGGAUUUCACCUUUGGAAAUUGGGUUCCUUAUUGUUUUGAUGGAAAUGGUCAGUACAUUCGUAAAGAUCUGAACAUGCCAAAACAUUUACCCUAUAGGAGUGGUGGAAAUCAGGCAUUUUCUCAUGAUACCCCUUUAACUAAUAUUGGCAUAUUACAAGCUCAUUUAACUGGUGAAGCAAUGAAAGAAAAUAAAAAUGAGAUUCACCAUGUGUUUGUGUCACCUUCAUUAAGGUGUGUUGAAACUGCUCACAAUGUCCUUUGUGGACUUGAAAUUCAAAAUUCAAUCGCCAUGAAUAUUGAGCCAGGUUUAUUUGAAUGGCUCUCAUGGUACCCCAGUGGUGUGCCAGAUUGGAUGACUGAGUCAGAGCUUAUAGCCUCUGGUUUUAAUAUUGAGGCGAAGUAUGAACCUAUUAUAAAAAAAGAUGAGCUUGAAAAUACUAAGGAAAAUAUAGAAGAGUUUUAUAGGAGAGGAUAUCAUGUUAUUUCAGAAAUCCUUUCGAAAACUGAAGAAAGAGGAGGAAAUAUUCUGCUUGUUGGCCAUUCUUUGACACUUGAUGUUUGCUCAAGAUUAUUACUUGGAAAGCAACCCCGAAGUUCCAAGGAAAUCUACCGGAUUCUUCCAAAUAUACAUUACUGCAGCAUUUUGAGUAUGCGUCAGUCCAAAUCAAAAGAAUGGAUGGUGAAAGAAUCUGGGUCCCUUUCUGUUACUCAUGGUAGUAAUAUGCAGUUUGAUCCCACCAAACUUGGGUUGUAAUCAUGUGAUAUUUUGUCGUUGUUGUUGAUGUUACUUAAUAUGUAUUGUGUAUAUAUUUAUUUUUUAAUUAUUAUAAAUUAUGUAUUAUGGAUAAAAUAAAUGUAAGCAUGUUAUCUUAAUUCUUAAUUGUUGUUGUUGUUUUUUUUUGUUUUUUUUUUUUGUUAAAUGUAUUUUUGUUUAAAUAGAUUUUGUUCUAAAAUUGUUUUAUUAACUGUUCAUUUCUCAUAACCUAAAUUCACAGGAUCAAUUUCAUUUAUUUUUAAAUAAUUAUGUAUUUUU